ACCGGUAUUAAUUUUGUUGUUGUUGUUGCAAAACCGCUGUCUGUAUCCGUUCGCGAAAAAGACUGAAUUAAAGCCGAUAAAAUGUCGGUUACUAUAACCAAAUACCGCAAAUCCGGCAGCGGUUUAGUGGACUUACAGCCGGGCGUGGUUUUAAAACCAAUAACCAUUGAUCCCCAGCAAAUAAUCAGGAAACCCGUCGCUGGGAACCCCCAGUUGGAGGCGCGAAAUGCCACUAUAAGAGUGUCCUCGGGCGGCAUCGUAAUCAAUAAAAUACCUGCUGUCAUAAGGCCCAGCAUGAAGCGAGCAGCAACGGCGACUACGAUCGGGGCAACAGGAGCUGUUUCAGCGACAACUGCAGCAGCAUCCCUGCCAAAGACCCCGAAAUAUGUAAUAAAAGCCAGUGGCAGUGGGUCUUCCUCCCUGCAGUGGCAGGCCAGGCGGGACUCCCAAGGUCUCGGCGUGGCCAUCAGUUCAUUGCCGCCCAACACAAUCAUCAAGGCUACGACGCGGCAAGCGCUUGUGCCACCGCUUGUCGCCUCCACAACAUCCUCUUCAACUGCAUCGCCACCAUCUACGCCGAGUACCAGCCGGACAACAUCGGUUCAAAACACCCCAACAGUAUCGGCGGACUCCAGAGUCACCUCCGCAGUGCGUCAAGCUGUGUUUAUAAAGCGGAAUCUCCCGCUGCCGCAGCGGAGCAUGCGAAGUCUCACCCUAAACUUGAUGGAACAGUCCACCAUGCUCCAUCUGGGCGUUGCGGGGGAGCACUUGCCGCUGCUGAAGCGCCUCAUUUGCCGGAAUGCCAAUAUCACGCAUCUUGACUGCUUUAUAACCCUAAGGAAACUGCGGCAAAACGAACCCUUUGCCUUGCUGGCGCAGUCCUUCGAGCUGAGCGAAUGGGAUGUAGAGGAACUGUUCAAGCGCACGCUCAUCAAGUUGGCCCGCUGCCUGGCUCCGUUUAUCCGCUGGCCAGAUGCCCGACACCACAAUGAGCGGCUCAAGCAUACGCCGCUGGAAUUCCGCGCGAAUCUGUUGCACCUGCGCUCUAUGAUCGAGUGCGUGGAAACGGAUGUGGCCGAGGGUCUACGGUGGGACAGUUCCAGCAGUUACAAGUUUAUACUGUGCUUCGAUACGAAUGGCGUCAUUAGCUACGUUUCCAGCGCCUAUCCCGGCAAAUGUGAUGAUCUUCAGCUUUUCGAGGCCAGUAAAUUUCGCGAUAAGAUACCCAAGUACCUGACGUUGUGCGCGGAGCCGGGCAAGGCAGUGCCGCGUGUCCGAAAGACUGAACCAGACGAUGAAUCGGGAGAUGAGCUCGACUAUCAGCCGCCAGUGGACCAAACGAAGCGAUCCCUUAGCAAGUUUGAGGCCCAGCAAUUGGGCGGAAAGUUGGCGAACCAGCAAUCCCUAUGCGUGGUGGACGGCGCCCUCACCUCGAAACGAGCUCCUUCGAUACAACUGCCCACGCUAAGGGUCCAAGAGCAGACAUGCCGGGCCCAAAUGCGGGAUAUGAUUGAUAAUUUCCGGGAAUUCCGAAUACUGGGUCAUUCGGCCAUUCAGAAAAGGUCGCUGCUGGGCUAUCUCGAUGAAAUGAUAAUUGUGGCAGCUGCUCUCUGCAACCUCAAGCGACAGGAGCUGCACUCUUAGGUUACAACCAAUUAGGGUCUAAUGGGCGGGUCUCCCUUAAAGUUAUCUAGUUCUUAAGCUCGCCAGAUAUGACAUAUAUUUUUAUACUUUAAAGUAACUUAGAUGUUGUUUUGAAUAAAAACAUAAAAUUAAAAGAAAUUUAGUGGGAACUCUGAAUUAAAUGUUAAG